CCCACCGAAUUCAUUCCACCCCCGUCUCCUCCGAUCGGACGGACCACCGGGCCAGCAGCGGGGCGGAUCGCGUCAGCAGCCAUGGUGAAGGCCUACCCCACGGUGAACGAGGACUACCUCAAGGCGGUCGACAAGGCCAAGCGUAAGCUCCGCGGCCUCAUCGCCGAGAAGAAUUGCGCCCCGCUCAUGCUCCGCCUCGCAUGGCACUCCGCGGGCACCUUCGAUGUGGCCACCAAAACCGGGGGCCCCUUCGGCACCAUGAAGAACCCCGCCGAGCAGGCGCACGGAGCCAACGCCGGACUGGAAAUUGCCAUCAGGCUGCUAGAGCCCAUCAAGGAGCAGUUCCCCAUCCUAUCCUACGCUGACUUCUACCAGCUUGCUGGAGUCGUGGCAGUCGAGGUAACCGGCGGACCUGAUGUCCCCUUCCACCCUGGGAGGCAGGACAAGCCUGAGCCUCCACCGGAAGGCCGCCUUCCUGAUGCCACCCAAGGUUCUGAUCACCUCAGGCAGGUUUUCUCCACACAGAUGGGUUUGAGCGACCAGGACAUUGUUGCGCUUUCUGGUGGUCACACCCUGGGAAGAUGCCACAAGGACAGGUCUGGAUUUGAGGGAGCCUGGACGUCCAACCCUUUGAUCUUUGACAACUCUUACUUCAAGGAGCUUCUGAGCGGAGAGAAGGAAGGCCUUCUGCAGCUACCAAGUGACAAAGCCCUCCUCUCUGAUCCAUCCUUCCGCCCACUUGUUGACAAAUACGCAGCGGACGAGGACGCUUUCUUUGCUGACUACGCCGAGGCCCACCUGAAGCUUUCAGAAUUGGGAUUUGCUGAGGCGUAACGAACCAGAAGAGUGUGGUGGCUGUCGCCGGCCGGCCUUGUGUUUUUGUUGUCUGCUUUUCUCUUGAACGAAGAUGUGAUGAACUCAGCUGAAGAUGUAGUGUGUAUGUUGUCAUGGUUUAUUUUUCUAUUUUAUUUAUCUAUCUAUAAUAUCUAUCGGAGAAGGUUUGAUAUGAAGCGGAACACUGAUUAACG